AAACCCAUUGUCACUACUCCUGAAGGUGGAAAAUUCAUUCCAAAGCCUUUCACAAAAUCUUCUCUCCAUCUCUCAUUCCUUCUAAACCUCAUUGCAUGCUCUGAAGAGCCAAAUAGAAGUACAAAAACCCGCGCUCCUCUUCUGCAACAACCGCCACCUUCAACCCUUCCAUCCAUUUGCUCAAUUCUUGUUGAAGUUGACGUUUUUGGCUCUUCCCAAGCUUUGAUUCAUCUGGGUCUUUGAGUUCGAAUGGAACCCAGUAGAGGGCUCAAGAGGAAGAGGAAGAGGAAGAGGAAGAGGAAGGCAGAGGCAAAGGUUGAAGAAAAUGGCUUGGCUACUUCGCCACUGUCCCAACCUCUGCCCUUGGAUUGGUGGGACGACUUCUCCAAGAGAAUCACUGGACCUUUGUCUCAAUCAAGGUUGUCUCUUACAUUUGAAUCUGUUUUCAAGAUUUCAAGAAAGACAUUCAACUACAUCUGUUCACUUGUGAAGGAAGAUAUGAUGGCCAAACCUGCAAAUUUUAGUGCUUCUAAUGGUAAUCCUUUGUCUUUAAAUGACCGAGUAGCCAUUGCCCUCAGAAGGCUAAGCUCUGGUGAAUCAUUUUCCAUUGUUGGUGAUUCAUUUGGAGUAAACCAAUCAACUGUCGCCCAAAUAACCUGGAAGUUUGUGGAAUCCAUGGAGGUAAGAGGUCUCCACCAUCUACAAUGGCCUUCAACAGAAGCAGAUAUGGAAGAGACAAAAUCCAGUUUUGAGAAGAUCCGGGGUCUGCCUAACUGUUGUGGUGCAGUAGACACCACACACAUCAGUAUGAGUCUAUCUACAAUGGGCACAUCAAACAAAGUCUGGAUUGAUCACCAGAAGAAGCACAGCAUGAUCUUGCAGGCAAUUGUUGACCCAGAAAUGAGAUUUCGUGAUGUGAUCACUGGAUGGCCAGGAAGCUUGAGUGAGUCCUGUGUUCUUCAGAAUUCAGGCUUCUUUAAACUUUCAGAAGAAGGGAAGAGAUUAAAUGGGAAGAUGAUAGAACUUUCAGAAGGAACAUAUUUGAGGGAAUACAUAGUGGGGGAUGCAGGGUUUCCUCUUUUGCCAUGGCUUCUCACCCCAUACCAAGGAAAAGGGCUAUCAGACUUUCAGUCUGAGUUCAACAAACGACAUUUUGCAACACGAAUGGUGGCACGUAGGGCACUGGCAAGGUUGAAGGAGAUGUGGAGGAUUAUACAAGGAGUGAUGUGGCGACCCGAUACCAAUAAGUUGCCAAGGAUUAUUCUUGUUUGUUGCUUGCUGCAUAACAUAGUGAUUGAUUUAGAGGAUGGCGUGCAAGAUGAGAUGCCCUUUUCUUACAAGCAUGAUCCAGGUUAUCGGCAACGAAGUUGUGAAUCUGUCGACAAGACUGCCUUCAUUCAGAGAGAGAAUCUCUCUCUCUAUUUGUCUGGAAGGCUGCCUCUUUAGAAACACCUUUCUUCUCUCUUUUCUUUCUUCCAUUGAACUAAUUUUUUUCUGUUUAUUGAGGCUUUUUGUUUACACUGAAGCAAAUGUAUAUCCGAUCAGACGUCUUGUUGGUCGGCAUAAAGAAAACUUAGAAUGGAUCCCACAUUUUUUGUCUUA